AUGGUCUCCAUCGGCACGCGCUCGCCGGUCUACGGCCGCCACGGAAUCGUCUCGUGCUCGCAGCCCUUGGCGUCCGAGAUCGGCCUGCGCAUCUUGAAGCAAGGCGGCAACGCCGUGGACGCGGCCAUCGCCAUCGCCGCCGCCCUGAACGUCACGGAGCCGUGCUCCACGGGCGUGGGGGGCGACUGCUUCCUGCUCUUCUUCGACGCCCAGACCAAGCAGGUGCGCGGCCUCAACGGCAGCGGCCGCAGUCCUGCGGCUCUCACGGCCGAGCAGGCGAUCAAAGACCUUGGACAGGACGCCAGCGUCAUCCCCAGUGGCCACGGCCACGCUGUCACGGUACCCGGCACUGUGGCAGGCUGGGUGGAUGCAGUGGACGCCUGGGGGACGUUGACUUUGGGGGAGAUCCUGGGUCCUGCCAUUGAGUUGGCAAGAGAGGGGUUCCCUGUGAGUCCGUUGACGGCGGCCAGUUGGGAGCGUGGCAAGAGCCAAUUGCUGCGUGGAUCCAAUGCCGCAGAGCUGCUGAAUGCUGACGGGGAAGCCCCGAAGGCUGGGGAGAUCUUUAAGAACGAGAACUUGGCUGGAUGCUUGGAAGAAAUCGUGACGAAGGGCAAGAAGGCGUUCUAUGAUGAUGGACGCAUUGCGCAAGCCAUUGUGAGUAUGGUGAAGGAGAAGGGAGGAGUGAUGACCGUUGACGACCUCAAGAACCACACGUCGACGUUCGUCACGCCCAUUAGCACGCGAUUCCAGGGGGUUGAUGUCCAUGAGAUCCCGCCCAAUGGACAGGGGAUCACUGCGCUGCUAGCGUUGAACAUUCUGUCGCAGCUCACGAAGGAUGGAGGGUUGCCCGAGAGGGGAAGUGCUGAGGAGGUCCAUCUGCAGAUUGAGGCCCUUCGUCUCGCCUUCGCUGAUGCCAAGUGGUUCGUGAGCGACAUGGAGCACAACACGUCGCUGCCUGUUGACGAACUGCUGAGUGAAAGUUACGCCAAGAAGCGCGCGACGUUGGUGAACCGGAAAAAGGCGGCGAUCGACCCGAAGCACGGCAGCCCCGAGCUCAGCUGUGACACUGUGAGUUUCCAGGUCAUUGACGGUCAGGGCAACGCCGUGUCGAUGGUGAACAGCAACUACGAAGGAUUCGGCACGGGCCUUGUGCCCAAGGGCUGCGGUUUCACGCUGCAGAACCGCGGCUGCAACUUCGAGCUGCACGGCGCCAACGUAGGGCACCCGAACACUUUGGCUCCGAACAAGCGGCCGUACCACACGAUCAUCCCCGGACUGUCGACCCUCGCGGACUCGGGCGAGCUGCACUCGAGUUUCUCCGUCAUGGGCGGCUUCAUGCAGCCCCAGGGCCACGUCCAGGUGCUGAGCCACAUGCUGCUGCACGGGAUGAACCCGCAGGAGGCGCUGGACGCUCCUCGCUUCAUGAUCGAUGUGGAUCGUCCAACCAAGCCCGGCCGGAGCGACGGUGGCAGCUCCGUUCUGGUCGAAAAGGACCUCGGGCCCGACGUGAUCGCAGCGCUGCGUGACGAGUUUGGCCACAACAUUCAAGAGGUGGGGGGCUUCAAGCGAUCGACUUUCGGUCGCGGUCAGAUCAUUCUGCGGGAUCCGAAGACGGGAGUGCUCUGUGCUGGCUCCGAUGGACGCGCCGACGGCUGUGCCAUGGGCUGGUAA